CGAACUGUGUAUUCUAAACAAAAAUAGAAAAUAUUGUCUGUAUUUUAACGUGCAUUUUACUUUUCCGUUUCCUUUUUAUCUGUGUGAAAAGAGAAGGUCUGAAAAAUGACAAACUCAAAGGGUUAUCGUAGAGGAACGAGAGACUUGUUCUCAAGAAAGUUCAAAAAGCAUGGCGUUAUUCCUCUAUCCACUUAUAUGAAAGUAUACAAAGUUGGAGACAUCGUUGAUAUUAAGGGAAACGGUGCCGUGCAGAAGGGCAUGCCUUACAAAGUCUAUCACGGAAAAACCGGACGUGUUUUCAACGUAACCGCACACGCACUGGGAGUUAUUGUGAACAAGAGGGUCCGAGGAAGAGUUAUUCCAAAAAGGAUAAACAUUCGUAUUGAACACGUCACUCAUUCAAAGUGUAGGGAAGACUUCUUGCAACGUGUCAAGUCCAAUGAAAAACUUCGUAAAGAAGCUAAAGAGAAGAGUGUCAGGGUAGAACUUAAGAGACAACCAGCUCAACCAAGGCCAGCCCACAUUGUCAACGGAAAGGUACCGGCAGUUCAACUUGCGCCUAUACCAUAUGAAUUUAUCGCUUAAUUUUAUAAAAAUUAAUAAUAAAUUGUCUUUUUUGUGAAAAGUG